UCAUUCAAACGCAGCAACUCCUGUUGUGUCAGUUUUAUCUUCCACUACUACCAGCCACUACCACAGCCACUUGGCAGCGGAGAAUCAUAAAGAUGGUGACAUUUUUGGUGAUUCUGAACUACAGCAAUUUUCUUCAAGCUUAAAAAGCUCUUAAGUAUUAAACUCGGAGAUGUGAACAGACCGGUUUUGCUGAAAGCAAGUUACAUAAACUGCAGAACAACAUAAGCAAUUCCACCUCUUUCAUACAGGAGCUAGCAACAAUUUUUAUGAAAAUAUUUCUUCCUGGCAGAGGUUAGCUACUUCUACAGAUGAGCAGAAUACCCAACAACCCUCUCGUGAAGGAGUCAUCAAGGCUCAAACAUCUGCCAUCAAACAACUGGGAAGUUUCCGAAGGGGCUCUAUUUCUUGCAUGAAAACAACUUGAUGCUUCUUCUUGAAACUGCCAAAGGAAACAUGCCAACUCAGCCUCUUUUGGUGUACAUGGAUGGCCCAGAAAGUAUAGCCAGUACUGUUGGUUCACGAAUGGACAAUAAUGAUGCCACCAUGCCAGUGAAAGGAGCCAACACAAUCUCCUAUAAGAACUUGCAAGAUAAGUUCUUGAUGCAAGGCGAAGGAUGUGUUUCUUUAGACUGCAUGUUUUGUGAACAGACUUUCAAGCAUCCAGAAGAUCUCGGUAAGCAUGUAUUAACCCAGCAUAGGCCCACACUCUGUGAACCAGCGGUUUUGUGCGUGGAAGCGGAGUAUGUUAGCCAUCUUGAUAAAGGACAAGGGAGAAUUGAUUUGCCAUCCCUGGAUGUAAAUGAAAAGGAUAGCCAAGACUUCAGCUGUGUGGUUUGUGGGCAAACAUUUGAUGAGGCCUUUGAUGUUGAGGCCCACAUGAGGAAGCACAAGGAUUCUUUCACUUACUGGUGCAGUGUGUGUGGAAGGAGAUUUAAGGAGCCCUGGUUCCUAAAAAAUCACAUGAGGACUCACAACAGCAAACCUGGGUCUCGCAGCAAGGCGCUGCAAGGAUCCGAGAGCCCCGUAACGAUAAAUGAGGUCGUUCAGGACCAAGUGGCAGAAAGCAUAACAUCCCCUUAUAAAAUCUGCAUGGUGUGUGGCUUUCUAUUUCAGAAUAAGGAAAGUUUAAUCGAGCACAGCAAAGUACAUACCAAAGAUUCUCUAGCCAACGGCAAUGGCUCUCCUUCGGAAGGGGACGGUGAAGAAAGGACGACACCCAGAGAAGAAUUUCUGCAGUUUUUAAACCUAAAGCCACUUUCAACUUCUAAUAACAGCAAACAGAAAAAGCCCGUGAAAUGGAUUGCCGAGUUGGAUCCGUUCAGUACCUAUCAGGCAUGGCAGCUGGCUACUAAAGGUAAAGUGGCUAUUGGCCACGGGCAAACAAAAGAGGCAGGUCAAGAAGGAAGCACGGACAACGAUGACUCGUCUUCGGACAAAGAAGAACUUGGGGAGAUUUGGAACGGGAGCAAAGCAAACCAGACUGAAAGCACCGGAAAGACCAAGGGAAGCAGAGGUGGAAGUUACGCAGGGAUUGGAAACAUGCCACAGGACAAAUUUAAUAAAUAUCGUUGCCGCGAAGUGCCUUCAUUGCAUAUGGAUUCUAAACUGUCCCAGAACAAAGACAAGCCUACCCAUUGUUCAGACUGUGGCAAAGCCUUUCGGACGUACCACCAGCUUGUCCUUCACUCGCGAGUCCAUAAUAAGAAAGAGCGGAAGAAUGAUCUAGAAAGCGGUUGUGGGGAAGGGAAGCAGCCGAGAACCUGCCUUUCCGACCCUGGGACCCUGGAUGAGAACGGAGCUGAACGACUGGAGGGAGGGUCUGAAGACGGCUCCGAGGAUGGGAUAAUAGAGACUCCAGAUAAAAAUGAAGAUGGGUUGGAAAGAUCAAAAGUAAAAAAUCUUGGAGCUACUAGAGAAUGCAGCUACUGUGGAAAGUUUUUUCGUUCAAACUAUUACCUCAAUAUUCAUCUCAGAACUCAUACAGGCGAAAAGCCAUACAAAUGUGAAUUCUGUGAGUAUGCAGCAGCACAGAAAACCUCCCUGCGCUACCAUUUAGAGAGACAUCACAAGGACAAACACACAGAAGCUUCAGCAGAUCUGAAGAGUGACAGUAAAGGGUUAUUUCCUUCCCAGGAGACGGGCUUCUUGUCAGUAAGUGCCGGUCAUGCUCCAGAAACCAAAAAUCUGAAAAGGCUCCUUGAAGACGCCAAAGAUGCCAAAGGAGUAGUCCCACCUGUAAAACAACAGAGAGAAGAGUUUUACCCUUUUCACGGUGCGCCCAAUAAUCUAACUCAGGACACGAGCAAAGCCUUAGACUGUGAUGGCUUGAAAGAGGGUGGCGGUGCAUCUGUUUCAGGUUUUUUAAAACGUGGUGCAAAAAACACAGUGGAACAUCAGGCAAACAGCCUUGUUAAUAGAAGUGCAAAAAAGAACUCUGAGUUAACAAAAAAUGUGUUUUAUGCUGGCAGGACGAAGGCGGAUUUAAAUGACAUUACCGAAAACUCAAAAUGCAUAUUAACAGUUCAAGAAAAGCCCUUAAAUUUAUCUACCGCCUCUUCUCAGGAUGCUCCAGUAAUUCUUCAUUCUCGGUGUUCCUUAGCAACCAGCACCUGUCCCUUUUGUACUUUCAGGACUUUGUAUCCAGAAGUUCUCAUCAUGCACCAACGGUUGAUGCAUAAGUCUGCUAAUAACCUCAAUGCAAUGACUAAAAAUAGCAUUAGAAACAGGGCUGCUCAUAAAGCCAGGCGUACAGGCUGCCCACCUUGCCUUUUGGGCAAGGACGUGUUGCCUCUGCCUCUUAAUUCCAGGAAAACCAAAUCUUCCUCGCUCGCUCAGUCAAAAUCUUUGCCUGUGGAGAAGGCGAGGCAGUGCCCCACCCCACAGAGCAAAGGGCCCAUUCUCUCAGGACAAAACGCCAGCAGCUGGUCCCCGAGCAACUUGAAAUCAUGCAAACCUCAAAUGAUCGGCAUCCCGAUUAAUAACUGUAGGCAGGAAAUGCACCAGAGCCCUGGUCGCUCUUCAGUGCAAGAUAAAGGGAAAUCAAGACUUUUGGCUUCUCUGUCAGGGACGGGCAAUAGCGACAUCAACAGCUCUUCGGAGAACCCUUUGAACAAAGCUAGCCGAGAAGUAGAGUUUUUGAGUAACAGAUCGGCCGGGAAUAGAUAUAUGGGAUUUGAUGGACUGCCUGCAAAAAGACUUCGGCCUAAUCUCUUCGCUCUGGAACAGAUGGACUCUGCUCGACAUCGGACAGAGAGUGAAACUGCUAGAUUAUCUCUUUCAGGCAAAUAUUCAGGUCUGCUCCCUCACACCAAGCAUGCCUCUCUCCUUUUCAAACAAGGGCUCAUGAGCUCCGACAGAGACGCUGUGAAUCCAAUGACUGUUGUAAAACCAUAUGAAACAUACAACCCAGGACCGUUUGCCAGUUCCUGUGGAUCAAGUGCCAGCCACGUCCCCAGCUCUUCAAAAGAAGGAAAAAGACCGGUGUCAUAUCAACACCUAUCUAACACCUUGCUGCAAAAGCGAAGUUAUGAGUCCUUCAUUGGCAAUACCCACAGCCGCCUGAAUGAUAAGAAAACAUGAUUUGGCUGCAACAGAUGGUAUGAAGAUGCAGACUUUGAAUUCCUUUACAGUUCGUCUCUUGAGAAUUGAUAGAAUGACGGAAGCUAACAAACUAAGCUGUGAUUUUACUGUGCACAGAGGAAAAACACUACAGUUGUGUAAUGGAAGAUUUGAUCCUGUUUGGAUGAAGCGCAAUGUAAAACGUUGUUGUCCAAGACAGUGUUGUCUAAGUGUGCGUGUAUCUUUUCCCAAUCUUGAAUAAUAUUUUUUUUCUUAGAAUUACUGUAGACCAAAUAUCCGACUUAAAUAUAUAUUUUGCAUAAGUGAGUGCUGCUGAUGUUGCGUGCAGUCCUUGCAUCUCAGGUAAAGCUGUACAUUCUGUUUCCCUCGUUGAAAUACAGAGAGGUUUGUUUUUUUCCCUCUAAAUAUUUUCAGGUUUUGUUUUUUUCUUUAAA